AAGAGGCCUCAAGCACAUCUGACCUAGCUAAUAUAGUUAAUGAUGCUUUUAUUCUUCCGAUGAAGAUUUUCUCACCUCUUCCACACGAUUUUCAACUCGAACAAGAUAUCCCUUCAUCCGCACCAUUUGUUUUAUCCGUUCACUCUGUUUUUAUGAAGUUGUCGUUGUUGAAUCCAACAAAAGCUCAAGGUCCAGAUGGCCUCCCGGUCUGGCUACUGAAGGAGAAUGCAGACCUUCUUGCAGAACCUAUAGCAGAAAUUAUAAACAGCUCCUUCCGCGAAAGUAGGUUACCACCAUCAUGGAAAGAAGCGGAUAUAGUUCCAGUACCGAAACAAAGAAUUGUAAAAGACGUCAGCAAACACUUAAGACCAAUUUCCCUCACGCCAAUACUUUCUAAAGUUGCUGAGGAGUUCAUCAUACAAGAAUAUGUCAAACCGGCGGUUUUAAAAAAGAUUAAAAGUAACCAAUUUGGCUCAAUUCCAAAAUCAUCGACAACCCAGGCUUUGAUCAGCAUGAUACACACAUGGAGCAAGUAUACGGACGGAACUGGCUCUACAGUCAGAGUGGUUGUUUUCGAUUUCAGGAAAGCUUUCGACCUAAUCGAUCACAAUAUAUUGGUUCGAAAGCUAAAAGAUCUAAAUAUCGCCCAUAAUAUUAUCAGUUGGAUCGUUGAUUUCCUGAAAUGCCGCAAACAAAGGGUAAAAUUGUCACAGGACUGUAAAUCAGAAUGGAAAAAUGUGCCGGCAGGAGUUCCCCAAGGAACAAAGUUAGGGCCUUGGUUGUUCGUGUUGAUGAUUGACGAUAUAGACACCACCAAUACAGACUUGUGGAAAUAUGUGGACGAUACCACAGUCGCUGAGAUGGUAGAAAAAGGAGAGACAAGUAAGAUCCAGAAUAUAGUAAAUGAAUUAACGGAAAAAACGUAUAGGAACAAAUUCCAGUUUAAUGAGAAGAAAUGCAAAGAGCUUCCGAUUUCUUUUACAAAAAAUCACCCUGAAUACGCACCUAUUGUUAUCAAUGAUAAACCAAUAGAAAUUGUGACUACCAUCAAAUUACUGGGUCUGAACAUUUCCAAUAAUCUUAAAUGGAACCAUCAUAUAGAGGAAAUUGCAAAAAAAGCUUCCACUCGGUUGUAUUUCCUGAGGCAACUAAAACGUGCCAAAGUUGCCGAAAAGGAACUUUUAACUUUCUACAAGACUUGUACCGGCCUAUAACCGAAUACGCCUGUCCUGUUUUCCACAACGGAUUAUCCACGUAUUUGUCAGAUGAAUUAGAACGUAUCCAAAAACGCGCAAUGCAAAUUAUAUUCCCAAAUAUUAAUUAUCAGGACGCACUGAAGAACAGUAACUUAUUUUCUUCAUACGAAAGAAGAGAAUACCUAACGAAUAAACUCUUUGAAGAGAUAUGUUCUGAUCCCAACCAUAAACUGCAUUAUCUGGUGCCGAAACUAAACGAAACUGAUAUUGGACUAAGGAACAGACGUAUGUUUAACUUUCCUGUGUGUAAAACAAACAGACUAAAAAAUAGUUUUAUAUUUAGUAAUUCAAGUAGGAAAACUUUUUAAUCCUAGUUUAUAUUUAUACUUAUUGGAUAUUACAUGUAAAAUUAGUUUAUCACUAUUUUAAUCACUUUUAACUUUUAUAUUAUGUAAAUUUAUAUGCAAUUCAGCCAUUUUGACUGCAAUGAUAUAUCUUAAUAAACUAUCUAUCUAUCUAUCGAUUAAAGCUUUUGCCAAAUCUGUACGUCUUGUUCUAUAUUUCCACUCUGUCUUUGGCUUCUCCAAGCGAAUGGUGUUGAAAUAUUUAACAUGGCGUACCGAGUUGCUGAAGCGUGAAAGGGCUUCGAUUCGAUAUGGUCAGACACGAAUUAUGGUAUUUUUCACAUUGUAAAGGUACGUACUUGGUUAAAUUACUUUUUAGAUAAGGGACACAUUGUGGAUCAUUGUUUAAAUGGGAAAAUACGGCGAUCGACUCAUUAGUCAUUUCACGCGGCUUGAGACACGAAGAUGUUCUCACACUAGGUCGGCCUAAAAACAAUACAUGUUUGAUCAAGUGUUCUUUUCACAACCGAAAUAUUGAGCUCGUUUGGCGCGAAAACUAACCGUUUGAAAUACCUAUCUUUCUCAUUUCAAAUAUUUUCGCUGUUGUAAAAAGGUGCUUUUAAGUGCUAUUCUGAAUCACUGCUGUUGGGUGUUUUAGUGGAGUUUUCAACUACAAAAAAAUGUAUUAAUAUUGUUCGCUUGUUCGACUAUCUACUUGGCCGGUUUUGGACUGUUUCUGGACCAGUUUUUUCGAAAAAAAAUGGAAGGUAAGAUGGGAGAACUGACCAAGGACAAAGUACGGAAGUACGACUUGUUGUGUGCAACUUUGUAGAAGCAACAGUGUAAAAAAUCCAGAACUGUCUUUCCACAAAUUCCCCCAAGAUUCCAAGGAGACAUGGCUGAAUUUGUUGCAUAUAGACAAACAGCCAUUGAAAAGCCAUAAAAUUUGCUCUUUGCAUUUUCCUGGCGGAAAGAAAUCAUUUGGUGCAUUACCAACUCUCCUUAAAUUAUCAUAUAGACAAACAGUAAACAGUAACCAAGGUAGAGAGCAUAUUCUAAGCUGUGACUCUAUUAUAAAUACUAAUGAUGAAACUACUACAUGUACAUCUGAACAGCAAACAUCUGGCAAUAUAUUUAAGCCUGAUAUUAAAACACAAGAGUCAAGCUACGAAAAAUUGACAACUGAACAUGCUGAAUUGAAAAGAAAUUGUGAAUUGAAAAGAGUUAUCAUCAAAAUAUGAACAGUGUGUACUCAGAAUAGAGCAUGUACUUGCGAGUGAUACAACCUUUAAAUUUUACACGGGUUUUCAAAAUUACCAGACAUUUCAAGCCUUUUUUGAAUACCUGCAACCAGCAUGAAAUUUUUUAACCUAUGCUGGUUCAAGUGACAAUGUGGAAUAUACAUCAGAAUCAACUCGAAAAUUAGGACGACCAAGGUCAAUGUCACCAGAGCAAGAGUUGUUCAUGGUCCUGGUUCACUUACGGUGUGGGCUUAUGGGAGCUGACAUUGCUUACCGAUUUGGCAUCUCAGAAGCACACGUUUCUCGUAUCUGGGUUACUUGGUUAGAGUUUCUGUACCACAGGUUAAGGGCCAUUCCCAUUUGGGCAUCACAGGAAAAUAUACAACAAACCAUGCCACAGCCUUUCAAAGAUACUUACCCAAACACCCGCGUAAUAAUUGAUUGUACUGAACUACUUGUAGAAAUGCCUACUUCAUUUAGAAGUCAAUCAGCCACAUACUCAUCAUAUAAAAAUCAUAACACGUACAGCAAAGGGAUUAAUUGGAAUUUCUCCAGCUGGUUAUCCAACAUUCGUGUCUGAACUAUAUGCUGGGCGGUCUAGUGAUAAACAAGUCACCAAGGAUUGUGGCAUUCUUAAUUUACUUGAACCAGGAGAUCAUGUCAUGGCAGACAGGGGGUUCAACAUAGAAAAUGAUAUGCCGGCUGGUGUUGGGCUGAAUAUACCACCAUUUUUGAAUGGUGCACCCCAACUGUCACUUAGCGAUGAAACUGAAACACGGAAAAUUGCUGCUCUUAGAGUGCAUGUAGAAAGAGCAAUUGGGCGCAUCAAAAAUUUUAAAAUAAUCAAAAAUGUUUUUCCACUGAAAAUGUCAUCAGACCUGAACAAGAUUUGGAUAAUUUGUUCUUACCUUACUUUGUUUUAUCCACCUUUAAUUAAUUGAUUAAUGUUAAACGUAAAUUAAAAUGCACAAAUUAAAUAAUUCUUAUUCAGUUUAAAAUAUAUUAAUUCACUAUUUUACUAGUUUAGGGUUAAUGUAUGUGAAAUAAAAUAAAGUGAGUUUUGGUAACAUUGUUUUGUACCAUAAUUCAUGGUCAAAGUAAAUUCUCUCACUAAAAAUGUCUUGCUUAGUGUACACAAUAAAAUCUCCCCAUUUAACUUUGCAGGUAGCCAUAAGCCCUUGCAGUUGGUAGUAGUACUGGUGAUUUCUUUUCAAUGUUGGUGUACCGGUAGUUUAUUUGUCAUUACUGGGUGCCGUUAAAAAAAUGACGAAUCCUCACAGGCAUCCUAAAUUGUCAUUUCUUUUUUUGAAAAUGGGCAUUUAACUUCACCUACCCCAAAUGGUGUUGUUUCUCUAGCAUCAUAUAAUAAACAAUCUGGACUGGCACCAAGCCAUGGAGCUUCCGUGUUUAUAAUCAAGCCACAUUGAACACAGGGCCGUCGCGAGUGGGGGGGGGGUGCUUCACCUCCCACCACUAACAUGCAGUGUUAUCCACCACUAACAUGCAGUGUUUUAUUAAGACUGCUCGAAAUACAAAAAAAUUAUAAAUUGUCUAUUCGGUGCCUGGGGAUAAAAAAGGUCAAAUUCAUCAAAUUGCCAUGAAAAUAUUGAAACAAAAUAUCAAUGCAAUCACAUGCAGAUACUCGGAUAACUUUGCUGACUUUGCGGAGAUGCGCGUCUGCACCACAGGCUAAGACACUUGUUAAGGCUGAUUUCCACUGUUGCGUUUUUCGUACGCACGUACACGCAGGUAAAACUUAACUUUGAAUCCUUCAAUUUUUUAAAUAUUUUACAAAUAAGUUAACAAAUGCAUACUAAAACUUGCGGAACACUAAAUUCUGUUGCUUUAUUUAUUUGGUUAUUUCAUAAGUAAUUAACAUUUAAACGGAUUUAAAGUUUUACGUGCGUAUACGUACGUAUCAAAAACGCGGCAACAGUGGAAAUCAGCCUUUACUCAGACUAUGUGCACACAGUAACGUUUCCGAGCGUUUUUGGUUGUAAUGCGUUUCUGAAACUGAAAGUACCAUUUUCACGUUCUGUUUACACGAAGACGUAUGAAAACGACGUCAGGAAACGAUGCCAAAGAUUCGUUUUCUAUGUCUGGAACGUUUGGUCGUUUUGGCACUUUGUUGUCGUGUGAACAGGAAAGUGGAAGGCGAAAAUGAAAUGCCGUGCUGGAAUUUGGAAACGAAGACUAAAAACUGACUAGUGCUUUGUCAAAAAAUCUGUUAUUGGAAAAAUAAUCAAUAUGAACAAGUCGCCUAAACGCUAAAUUUGAACCCCCCCACUGCAGAAACGCUCAAAACCGUUGCCGUGCGCACUUAAACACAGUCUCAGUCUCGAUUUACGACUUAUUUAAUUAAAACACAAUAGACUGCUAUGCUAAUAUUUUUUUUCAGCUUUAUAUGUUUAAUAUAAAUAAAUUAAAAUAAUACUCCUGUUUGAAAACAAACGCACGAAUUCAUUCAUGUUAUUAGGGCAGGUUCAUAUUGAGCUGUGGUUCCAGUUAUUGCGUGCUUCGAUUUCGUGUCAUAUUUUAUAUAUAAAGAAACCUGCAUGAUUGCUUUGUAUAGCAACCGACACACGAACAGGCUCCAUUUGAUAUAAUUACGUCGCCGAAGACAGAGGAUGCGCCUUAUUGUGGCUGCUCCUACAUUCCUUAUUUUCUUAAAUAUCCUUGGUUUUAAUCUUAUUCAGAAGAUAUUCAGGGUAUAUACAACACUAUAAUAAGGUAUCUUUGGUUGGAAACAGAAUUUAAGCGCUAUGUCUCGUUUUUUGAGCAAAAUUUGGUCCAUGAAAGAUUUUGGCUGUGGCAAAAUACAAUCGAUUCUACAACAUGGCAAACAUUACUGGAUUUAAAUAUAGCAGUAAAGAAACCUAUGAAGCGUGGUUGUCGUGCUGGAAUCAACAAGGUACGAAGUAUUAAAACAGUUAUUGGAAACCGACUUCCCUCUGAUUUAAGUUCAAGCACUCGACAAUCAUUCUCAAUAACAAAUCGUGCUUUAUUUCAACAAUCUUUCAGCCUCGUCAGACGCAGUUAUUAUAAGCGCCGA